AGACAUGUUGCGGUUCAGUUCCAUGUGACACAUCUCCUAACAGAGCAUAUGCUAUAUUUACGGGAAAGGAUAUACACAUAGACAAGAAACAGUGGCUGUGAAGACUGGAAUACUGUCUUGGAGUCUUGUCUCGUUUAAUUUCAGUGCAUUUUCUGGUUCAGGGUGACGUAAGUUUUCAGACAAUUGAAAGUGAAAGCAAAGUGUAGAGCAACUGCAACUACCAGACAAAUGGCAUCCAAGUCCUUUUCAGAAGAGGAUUUCUCCUGUCCUGUGUGCUACAAUAUCUACAAGGAUCCUGUUAUUCUGACCUGUACUCACAGCAUCUGUAACACCUGCCUGCAGAAGUUCUGGGAAACCAAAGGGUCCAGGGAAUGUCCAGUCUGCAGGACAAGGUGCUCAAAGGAGGAGUAUCCUCUCAACCUGGUUCUAAAGAACUUGUGUGAAACUUUCCAACAGAGAGAGGAAAACAGUCAGAGAGAACCAUUCUGCAGUCUGCACCGUUCUGAACUCAAGCUUUUCUGUGAAGAUGACAAACAGCUUGUGUGUUUGGUGUGUCGAGACUCAAAACUCCACAAGAAUCACAACUUUAGUCCUAUCGGGGAAGCAGCACUUGAGCGUAAGGAAGAACUGAAGAUCAAACUGGAGCCCUUAAAGAAGAAGCUGGACAACUUUAAACAAGUUAAAACAAGCAGUCAUAAGACUGCCCAACACAUAAGAGUCCAGGCCCAACACACAGAAAGGCAGAUCAAGAAAAAGUUUAAGAAGCUUCACCAGUUUCUACAAGAUGAAGAGGCAGCCAGGUUAGCUGCACUGAGGGAGGAAGAGGAGCUGAAGAGUCAGUUGAUGCACCCACGUCUCUACCUGUCUGAGGAUCUGACCAGUGUGAGACUCCUUGAUGGGUGGCAGCAGCUUCCUGAUAACCUAGAGAGAUUGGCUAUGAGUCUCUGGGUCGUGGGCUCUGAGAGCUUUAACUCAGGGACACACUGUUGGGAUGUGGAGGUUGGGGACAGUGAUUACUGGAUCCUGGGAGUGAAGACAGAGUCUAGUCAGAAGAAGGGAGUGCAUUUCUCCGGUGGAAAUUGGGGUGUGGUUUGUUAUUUUGAUGAAUAUAAAGCACGCUCUUCAUCCCACCCAGACAUUCUCCUCACAGUGGAGGAGGAACCCCAGAUGAUCAGAGUGCAGCUGGACUGGGACAGAGGAGAGCUAUCAUUCACUGACCCUGAUAAUAACACACACCUACACACUUUCACACACACUUUCACUGAGAGAGUCUUUCCAUACUUUAUCACUGACUCAUAUCUGAGAAUCUUACCAGUGAAGGCUGCAGUAACAGUAGAGCAGCUCAGUUAGAGUUCAGACACCUGCUGCAGUUCAUCUCCUGCAGGAGGGAAACACUGAACACUGAUGAUCAGGCAACAUUUUUAUUUUUGCAAUUUGUUCUGGCAGCACAACACAAUUUAUUCACAUAGAAAAAUGCAUUGGUGAUAUACAUGCCAAUGAUUCAUCUGAAGUUGUGGUGGUUAUUAUAUUUAAUAGUUAUUGUAUUUUCAUGGGGAAUGCAAGAAGUAAUCUGGUCAAUUCAGCACUUAAUUCUGAUGAUUGGUUAUGGAGGAGAUGGGACAGGAAUUUCUACUUAUUUAUCCUUUUCAUGAAAUUACUAGUUUUCAGAAACUCUAUUAUGAUGGGCACCUGUUGCCCAAUAACCUGAUAUCUUCAUAACUGAAGAUUAGUUUAUAAUUAUGAUUGUCUCAAAGAUUAUGUUUCAGAUCAAAAUAAAUUAUUAGAUUAUGACAUAGGUCCUGUUCUCAUUACAUAAAUUAAUUCAUAAUCGGUGCCAUGUUAAUUAUAUCUGCAAUCUAGAAUAAGCCAUAAUCGGUGCCAUGUUAAUUAUAUCUGCAAUCUAGAAUAUUCCAUAACUGUCUAAUGAAAGCUGGUGACAUAGGCAUCGUCCUCUACACACACUCACCAUUCCACACCUCCCAGUUUCUGAUCACUGACUCCACCCACAUCAUCACACACCUGAAAGCCAUUAUGGACUCAGGAAGUCACUGAAUAAGUACCUGUGUCACCUGUUAUGAUAUCACUAUUCAAGUCUACUUCCUGGCUGAGCAUCACUGGUAAUCUUGAUACUCACCUGUGUCUGCCUCUCCCUUUACUGAUUUGAACUGAGCCUUUUGAUGGACCUGUUUUCCUGUGUACUGGUCUCCUGCCUUAUUGCCUUUCAUGAGUGUGCACCAUUGUAAAGAA